UUGAAAUUGAUUUUUAAACGGUCGAUCAUCGUUUUCUCACCAUAGAAGAAACUGUUGGUUAAAGUAUUGCAAGCUGCAAAAGGCGGAAAUGAAAUCGAAGUUGGCAGGCUGCUGCAGGAUCUCAAACAAAAUCGUAAGAGAAAGGUGAGAAAAAUCGAACCCGGAAAAUUUCUUGGGUUAACCUCCACACCAUUGCACAGUCCUGAUUACGUUAUGGCUGACGAUCAUUACUGCUCGCAACAACAACCACCAUAUCAGGGGGUUGCCGCCGAAGAAGAGAUUGUAAGUAGAGACGAAGACAAUAGGAUUCCUCACUACGAAGACUUUAAGCAAUUUUUGUUAAAGAAGAUACAGAGGGAGUUUCAAACGUACGAUACAAAUAAUAAUCAAGUAGAAAGUUCCUCUAUCGUGGACUUGAGAACAGCGACUGUUUCCUCCGAUCUGCAAACUAUUCCUUUGGAUAAUAGCAACCAUACCAGAUCUAAUCUAAUACCUGCUAAUAAUAAUAGUAAUAUAGAUUCGUUAACCUAUCGACAGAACGAUUGCCUUCGACAUCAAACAUCCGAGGAUAGAAACAGCAAUCUGCACGGCUCGAUACUUUUGAAGAAAAUGUUACAAGCACCGGUCGGUGCAAAUUUAGGAGAAAUAGCUAGUCCUCCGAUAGGUGGUUAUCGGUUUUCUGCGAUGGAUCAUUAUCAGUCUAAUAGUUUACUAGAUAAUUCUGAUACAUUGACUGCCGAAUCGGACAAUCAAGAUAAUAAUGAAGAAAAUUUCGAAAACACUUCAGACUGUUACGGACUUUUAAGCAGCAUGAAAGGAGAAUACUUGUUCAACGAAUCAAAUUUUGUUAAGCACGUGGAUGAGAUCGGUCAACAAAUUACCAAUGUUUUAACUAAUGAAAAUGAUAAUCGAUACAAGUAUUCUACAAAUAAUGAUACGCAUCAAGAUUACGAGAAUUGGACUAUUACCAAUGUUAUGGACGCAACAGAUACCAACUGUACAACAUCCGAUCUUGUCCAGUCCUCAAGAAUCUAUCAAACUAUGUAUUAUGAUAAUACGGGAUCUAUUCCUUUAAAUAAACCCACGAACGACGAGGGUUUAACAUGCCAAUAUCGUACCAUCGAAAAUGUACAUGCUUAUAACUCUAGUCAGAAUUUAUUUAAUUUUAAUGCGACGGAAGAAAGUCAGUAUUACGAGACAAACAUCAUUCCCAAUAUGCAAUCUGACUCUACUAGUACACAUUAUUUACAAAACUUAAUCAAAUUUACUACAGAAACUAACCAAGAAUAUUUUCAAAAUACACAUUCUUAUUCAAACGCAAACAUAAAUCAAGAUACAUACUCAUCCACUGUUUCUCAAACCUUUUCUAACAACAACCGCUAUAAUUCCAAUACUUUGUGCGAAAACUCAUGUUCGAACAAUAAUCAGGGAAAUAUCUCACUGUCUGAAAACUUUGAACAACAGACACCAAACUGUCAUUCUACCGUACAAAUGUCUGAAUCCAGUACUAAGAAAAAUGUAUCGAGUACAGUGGAUAAAGUAAAAACGAAUGGAAUACUAGAUGCAUUUUGGCCAAAAAAAUUCUCAAAAAUUCCAGCGGAUCCCAUUUUGGAAAGUAUUUUAAAUUUCAUUGACACCGAGCGCAUAGAUUUAUCAAAACUAGAUCAAACAUCUUGCGUACAUUGUUACGUAGCGCCGAUUGUCACACAUUCGCCGGAAUCAUCGCAUGUAAUUUGUUCUCAGAAAGCAAGAUUCGUUGCCGAAUACAGGCAGCAUUCUUUUUACCCCCAUUGGUUACUGUACAACGAUUCCUCCCGUGGAAUGCAAAUGGCUAAUUUACAAACAGAACUUGAAGAAUCCGCGACGGAAGAAAUGCCAGUUUUGUGUACAUCGAUACUCAAAAGUACACCUGAUUUAAACGAAUCGAUCGAAGGAACUCGAGAUUCCAUUCCCGAACUUUGAACACAAAAUUACAGAAACAAAUCUCAGUCAUGAAGAAAAAAAAGAAGAAAAAAAGAAAAAAAGAAAAAAAGAAAAAAAAGUACAAAUAUACGCAAAGAUUUAAAUAUUAAAGAUGAACAACUGAAGACCGAUGGUCAAUCAGUCAGUCAGUCAGUCAGUCAGUCAGUCAGUCAGUCAGUCAGUCAGUCAGGUGGAUUAAGGUGUUUCUAAGAGCACAGCUCAAUAAGAGAAGAAAUACAUAUGUAAGUAAGUACUGCUGGUAGUACAUUAAAUUGUAUGUAAGAUUUAUUGAGACAGAGUAAAGUACAAAAGUUUUGAUAUUAUGUAAUUUUUGAGGAAAUCUAUUUACACGUUAUUUAUAUAAUUAAGAAUAGAAAUCAAAGUUUAACAUGAUCAAAGAAAAGAUCUUAUUUGAUCUAGUUGGGGAAAUGCAGAUCAUUAUAUCGUUACUAUCAUGUAAAAUUAUUUUUCUACUGUUAAUAAAUGAUAAUUAUGGAAGAAAUGUGUCGUAAUAGCGUAUACAAGGAAAUAAUUGAAUUUUUAUAUCCGUUAAGACGAUGUUAAGACGUACGAGAAACGAAUGCGGGAAAAUUAAAGUAAAACGGCCAUUUCUACGGGGUGUGUGUGUGUGUGCGCGCGCGUGUCAAGUUUCUGUUCGAUGGAUAUAAGGAAAUAAAGAAUUUUUGCGUAACAAGAUGAUAAAGAAACGACUGGCUGAAAAUAAUUGUCAA